AUGGAAAUAGUGGGGUGCCGAGCAGAAGACAACUCGUGUCCUUUCCGCCCCCCAGCCAUGCUCUUCCACGGGAUCUCCGGAGGCCACAUCCAAGGCAUCAUGGAGGAGAUGGAGCGCAGAUCCAAGACAGAGGCCCGCCUGGCCAAAGGCGCCCAGCUCAACGGUCGCGACGCGGGGAUGCCUCCGUUGAGCCCCGAGAAGCCCGCCCUGUGCGCCGGCUGCGGGGGCAAGAUCGCCGACAGGUACUACCUGCUGGCCGUGGACAAGCAGUGGCACCUGAGGUGCCUGAAAUGCUGUGAAUGUAAGCUGGCCCUCGAGUCCGAGCUCACCUGCUUCGCCAAGGACGGUAGCAUUUACUGCAAGGAGGACUACUACAGAAGGUUCUCUGUGCAGAGAUGUGCCCGCUGCCACCUUGGCAUCUCCGCCUCCGAGAUGGUCAUGCGCGCCCGAGACUCCGUCUACCACCUGAGCUGUUUCACCUGCUCCACCUGCAACAAGACCCUGACCACGGGCGAUCAUUUUGGCAUGAAGGACAGCCUGGUGUACUGUCGCGCCCACUUCGAGACCCUCUUGCAAGGGGAGUAUCCACCUCCGCUGAGCUACACCGAGCUGGCGGCCAAGAGCGGCGGCUUGGCCCUGCCUUACUUCAACGGCGCUGGCACCGUGCAGAAGGGGCGGCCCAGGAAGCGGAAGAGCCCCGCGCUGGGGGUGGACAUCGUCAGUUACAACUCAGGUUGUAACGAGAAUGAGGCCGACCAUCUGGACCGAGAUCAGCAGCCUUACCCGCCCUCGCAGAAGACCAAGCGCAUGCGCACCUCCUUCAAGCAUCACCAGCUCCGGACCAUGAAAUCCUACUUUGCCAUCAACCACAACCCGGACGCCAAGGACCUCAAGCAGCUUGCUCAGAAAACAGGCCUGACCAAAAGAGUUUUGCAGGUUUGGUUCCAAAACGCACGAGCCAAAUUCAGAAGGAACCUUUUGCGGCAGGAGAAUGGGGGUGUUGAUAAAGCUGAUGGCACGUCGCUUCCGGCCCCGCCCUCAGCAGACAGCGGCGCGCUCAGUCCACCCGGCACUGCGACCACUUUAACAGACCUGACCAAUCCCACUAUCACUGUAGUGACAGCCGUGACCUCUAACAUGGACAGCCACGAAUCCGGAAGCCCCUCGCAAACUACCUUAACGAACCUUUUCUAA